AUGGAGCUUCAAACGCCAACUUUCUCGUUUACUAUUCCUUCCGUACAUGAUGGCCGCAAGCUACAAUGCCGCAUAUUCCUGCCAGCCAGGUACCAAAAUAUACAAUCACACCCACCAUCUCAAAUACGCGGAGCGAUUGUUGCCCACCCAUAUGCACCUCUAGGAGGGUCUUACGACGAUCCUGUUGUUGAUUUCGUCAGUCAUGAGCUGCUUGUCGCUGGAUUUAUCGUGGGAACUUUCAAUUUCCGUGGAGCGGGCGACUCGGAAGGCCGAACGAGCUGGACCUCCAAACCUGAAAUCGGAGACUUUGUGUCGUUCUACGGGUUCAUGCUGAACUACCUGCACCGAUUGAAGCAUGCACUGGCCCCCAAUCAAUCAGCCGCAGAACCUUGCACAAGCACCCCAGGCGGCUUAGAAGAUCCAAGUCCAGAUAUCACGCCUUCCCAUCCAGAUGUCCAUCUGAUCCUAGGUGGAUACUCAUACGGAUCUAUGAUCGCCUCCCACGUUCCAUCCCUGGAGGUGGUCGUAGACCUAUUCCAAACCUCGGACACAUCAAUCCCCGAGAUAAGAGAGACUGCAUACCGAGUCGCAAUCUCAUCCUUGGAUCAUCCCAUAUCCCCGACCGAUCCAGACCUGAGCGCAUUGACAACCAUCUCCUAUCUCUUGGUAUCCCCGCUUCUGCCACCGAUAACUCACCUCCUCAUGAUCUACACGAGCGUCUGUCUGAAACUGCCGUCCCGGACUCUCCCCUGCCCCGAUCCAGCAGACCAGCUGAGUCGGCAUCGUACUUUGGCGCUAGCUGGAAAUCAGGACAGUUUUGUUUCUGCCGCGAAACUGGAACGGUGGUCAGACGAGUUGUCGCACAUGCCAGGCAGUCAGUUCCAGUUUCGGAUGAUUGAUGGCGCGGACCACUUUUGGCGUCGGAAUGAGAGGGCGAGGCUGUUCCUGAGGGCGUGGCUUGAGUCUUUUUGGCCCAAUCAGGAUCCUUGA